UGUGCAGAAGUCUGUUUAAAAUAAGAAUUUGUCUUGUUGAAUCAGUGGAAAUUAUUUUUUACUAUAUGUUCCUAAUACAAUUAAAUUUAUUCAAUUAUAUAUUUUUCUCCUCUCUUUUACAGAUUGUGAGAAUGACUGUAAAUUUUGUCUCUUAACAUAGUUGUUGAUCUUUUAUGUCUGCGUUUGGGUUUGUCGCCAUUGUGGCGGGUGUUUGCAGGCUGUCGGUCAGCGGCGGCCGAACUGCUAGUUUACUUAAGAAAUUGCACGUGUGACAGAGGGGGGCCGUGGGAGCGUGGCGGCCCGGCUGAAUAGAGGGAGGGGAGGCAAUUAGCUGCCACGUUGCCGGGGCUCUUUUACUUGUCAGGCUGGCUUUUGUGUGAGUCUUGUAGAGGACAUUCCCAGGGUUUUGUUUUGGCAUUUAGGGCCAAAGGACAGCAGCCGAAAAGCGCUGAGGAGAGAGGGAGGGAAAAUUUAAGCGCUGAAAAACAGCAUGUGCACUUCCUCAGUUUCAUAAAAAUGGAGGGAAAAUGUUGUUUUAAAUGUGUACGAGAAAUAAGAUUGUACAAAAAAAAAAAUAUUUAAGUAAUGUCAAUCUGUUUCUAGAGUAGAGGCAGUGCAUUUUUAUAUUUUAAAAUAGUGGGAUAUUUAUGGAAAAUACAUUUAAAAUAAAAUUAAAAAAAAAAAAAACAAGUUGGAAAACAUUGAGUUUGAUCAGAUGGAAUCUUUUUAAUUAGUUAUUAGUAAGCAUUCAAUCUUCCAUUUCCUUAUUUCAUUUCCUUGUUUUUUUGUGAAGAAUGUUUUAUUUGUGAAGAAUUCGUUUCCUAUUAGAUUUUAGCAAAAUUAUUUCAAGACAGCAAAGUAAAAUAAAAAAUAAAAACACAGAGAAAUUAUGGAUGCACCAAAGGCCUUAGUAGAUUUGUCAGGGCAAGGCCAUGAAGACUUAAAUGUAAGAUCUUCUUUAUCCCCCUUAAAACAGAAGAAGAGAAUAAAACAAUAGAAACAAGACCCCACAUUGAUGUCACGUCCAUGUCAAAACGCAGACAAAUACCUUUCUCCCCUUUUCCUCCGUCCUCCCCCGGAUGGUGGGCUUAGAGAGGGGACUGUCAGAAUCACACAACUAAGUGACUGCUUGCCACACUUUGCUGAUCUUGCCCUCCCUUUGUGGAUGUUGUUUUCUCUUGUCUUUUCUCUCGCUCUCUCUCUUUCUGUCUCCUUCCCUUGCCUUGCUCGCUUUACCUUGUUGUAGCCAAGGCUUUUCAAGCUGCUAGUUCGUCUUUGGGCAUCCUGGAGGCACUGCAGAACCCACACAAACACACACACACAUAUACACACACACAAACUUGGACAGACACAUGCACAACAGUAAUAAGUCUUUUUUCCUAGUGUUUUUUCAUGUUUCUUUUGCUUGUGGGAAGACAUCUCUGCAGCUCUGAUAACUAGCAAGUGAGAUUUCUCUUCAUCUUUAAAAAAAAAACAAAAAACGUAUCACUUUGAGCUGGACCGACUGACCGCUGAAGGAAAACCUCACGGAGAAGGAGAGAUGAGUUAUUAUCCGCCGGCGGAGGACAGGCCUUGCCGGACGUCCUAAGACGCAGAUCUCCCUGUGAUCCGCAAAAAGACCCACUCCAAAAAGAAAAAAAAAAGCCCUGCGAACAAUGGCGUGCACGUGAACUUCUGUGUGUGCGACCCUUUGGUGAGGGACACACACAUGCGCCCGCUCAAACACAAUAGCAGUUUUGGGAAAGAAGCUAAGGUUGAAAAAGAACAAGAAGAGAGGGAAGAAAGGAGAAAAACUCUUAUUCGUUGGCGGGAGUGAGAGGUGGAGGACAGGGGAGGGCCGCGGCGGUGCUCAUGUACCCGAGAGAAGGCCUUUCACUGGGGCUGGAGGAGAGGGGAGGAAAGACUGGCUCUCUGGCCUCUGGGCUGUCUCUCCUACAGCAGGUUGGCUGCUGGCAAUUCAGUCUUAAUGCCUGGUCUAAUAAGGUCCCUGUGGUACAGCACCCUCAUCAUGUGCACCCGCUCACACCUCUGAUCACCUACAGCAAUGAGCACUUCACGCCUGGGAACCCCCCUCCACAUCUACAGGCAGACGUGGACCCCAAAACAGGAAUCCCAAGGCCUCCACAUCCUCCAGAUAUAUCCCCCUACUACCCCCUGUCACCUGGCACUGUAGGCCAGAUUCCCCAUCCGCUAGGAUGGUUAGUACCACAGCAAGGUCAACCAGUUUACCCAAUCACGACGGGAGGUUUCAGACACCCCUACCCAACUGCCCUCACUGUCAAUGCGUCCAUGUCAAGGUUCCCUCCUCACAUGGUGCCCCCCCACCACAGUUUGCACACCACAGGGAUCCCCCACCCAGCCAUCGUCACACCCAACGUCAAGCAGGAGUCCUCUCACAGUGACAUCGGAUCCCUCAACAGCUCGAAACAUCAGGAUGCGAAAAAGGAGGAGGAAAAGAAGAAGCAGCCACACAUAAAGAAACCUCUGAACGCGUUCAUGCUUUACAUGAAGGAAAUGAGAGCCAAAGUGGUGGCAGAGUGCACACUGAAAGAGAGCGCAGCUAUCAACCAGAUCCUAGGCCGAAGGUGGCACGCUCUGUCUCGAGAGGAGCAGGCCAAAUACUACGAGUUAGCCAGGAAAGAACGACAGCUUCACAUGCAGCUGUACCCCGGCUGGUCGGCACGAGACAACUAUGGGAAAAAGAAGAAGAGAAAAAGGGAAAAGCAGGCAGGAGAGGGCAAUGAACACAGAGAAUAUUUUCCAAACCCUUGCCUUUCACUCCCUCCGAUUACAGAUCUGAGCGCCCCAAAGAAGUGUCGCGCACGCUUCGGGCUCGACCAGCAGAAUAACUGGUGUGGCCCAUGCAGGAGAAAAAAGAAGUGCAUUCGCUACAUUCAAGGUGAAGGCAGCUGUGCCAGUCCUCCUUCUUCGGACGGAAGCUUACUAGAGUCCCCCCCAUCCUCCCCUUCCAUGGUCUCUCCCUCCCCGUCCUCGAAAGAGUCCAAACCACAGACUGAACAAAUGCAACCUCUCUCACUGACUAUGAAACCGCCCCCCCUGCUCUCGUCGUCCCAACACCAACACCUCUCCAUGGCUCCGCCUCCACCCUUAGCUCUGUUGGACAACUCCGGGGCGGGCAAAACGUCCGGCUCGGCGCACAACGGCUCUUUGGACCCCUCAGAUGUGUCGUCGUCCCGACCCACAGGCUCCGCCUCCUCCAGGCCCACAUCGGCGUGUCAUUCCCACUCUCUGCUGCCCAGCUCCACCCCGACGCAACCCCUUUCACUCGUAACUAAGUCGAUAGACUAGCUUCGUUGUUUUUUUUAAACCAGCUUUCUCUGUUGGUCUGUUCAUCUGUCUUCGGUCUUUUUUCAUUCUGUGUUCUGUUUUUUCUGUGCGAUAUGGCUUUGAAAAUUUUGUUAAUUCUUUAUCAAAGUUCAUUGGUCAAUAUUUGACCUGUCAUUAUCUAAAAAAUGAAAUUAUUAUGAUUAAAUAUUGAUAAUUAAAUACACUAAGUUGUAGAGUAUAGCUUUGUGAAUCUGCCAAAUUUUUUAUGAUUUUUUUUUGUUUGUUUUUUUUGGGGGGGGGUGUUUUUGUUCAUUUUUUGUUUUUCAGCUGUACAACAGAAAAACGCAUAAUUGUUAUGUAGUUUUACAUAGACAUGUUUAAAGACAGAUAUACAAAGUAGGCGAGGAUUCGGUGAGCCCUUUUCUCAAAGAAUUGGUUCUCCUUCAUUAUUUGUAUUAAAUACGAGCUUGUGAACCAAUCAUUUUACAGCUGUCCAAAACUCAGAGGGCACGAGGACUGUGGAGACACCUCUCCGCCUGAGGAACAACUUUAAUUGUGAUGUUACUUGUUCUUGUUUAAAUGUACAGAAAUUUGGGGGGUUACUGUGUUAAUAUGCAUUGUUCCAUUGCGUUGUCUGUUUUAUCUUUCUUUUUUUGUCGUUGUUUACCAGGGGGAGGGAGGUUGACUCGGGUUGGGGUGGGUGGACUCGAUUGGAGGGGUGUUUUGGGGUGGGGUGGGACGGGGGUGGGGGGGAGUUGGGAUAUUCAAUACAAACUGUCACAAUGCUAGGACCAGUAGUAUUUAUUGCUUUAGAGAUUGCUUGUUGUAUCUUGUAUGUUGUCCCUUUUUGAAAUCUUUUCGUUUUCUUAAUACAUUGUAUAAAUAUUCUUUUUCUUAACGUAAGCAACUUAUAUAUAUAUAUAAAUGAUCCAUUUUUACAAGGAGGUUUUGAAGUUUCAAAUGUUUUAUCGUUUUAACAUGAAUUUAUUUUUAUUUUAUUUUAAUUUUUUUAUUUUGUUUAAAACCAGGAUUCCACCUAAACUACAGUGUAGAUUCUCAAAAAAAACCUAAAAAAGCAAAAAUGCAAAAAAAGGCAAAAAAAACAACAACGAACAGACGUAUGCACAACUUAAUUUCUAGAAACAUAUCUAUAAGCCAUUUUACAAUAGGUGAAAAGGAAACUUGAAACGGGGACGGUGGGUUCCAUGUCUUCAAUAGUCGAAUUUCGUCUCAAGCCCUUCUUUUCUAUUGCACAGUCUCAUCUCCGCCUGACUGUAGAAUCGUGUACAGAUUUUUUCCCGUGCCAAAAUUUGUGAUAAUUUCCUCUCCAUCUCUUAUGACGCUGUAGGUUCUUUCGUUUGUCCAAUGUUUGUUUUUUCUUUUCUUUUUCAACCAUAAUUUGCUGUGACGUUACAUAGAUUGCUAUGUAUGUAGUAUAAAUGUUGCUAUAACAAAUGUGUUUGGUAGCAGAUUGUCAAAUAAUAAAAUUUAAACUUAAUAAAAGACGGACGUCAUACUGUAUAAACCCUCAAGGGCCAAAUUAUGUAUAUUAGGAGGUUCAUAAAAAACUAUUAAAUACUACAAAAAAACACAAACUGCCACUUUUAAGUACACUACUACAUAUAGGUAGAUAGAAAAAAUAGGCAUGUUGAUGUUGCAAGAAGCUGUAAAAAAGCUACAAGAGAAUCAUUCAUUCGGUGCCAUUGUAGUUGACAUGACGCAACUGUAACCCGUCGAUUACUUCUCUGGUUUAUUAAGAUGCUAAUGAUGAAUAGUUUGAAUGUUUCCUUAACGGCUGUGAUGUUCCUGUUCUCUUUUAUGCUCUUAUAUUUUUAUUUUGGUUUGUUUUUAUUUCAAUUUUUUUCUUUUUUCUUCUUUUUUCUUCUUUUUUUUUUUUUUGUUUUCCGUUUUUUCCAUUAUUUGAAAUGGUUCCCAAAAACCAUGUUUUUGUAAUGAAUAAAUGUUAAUGCUGUACAGUCUCUGUAGCAUGCAGUUCUGUAUUAAUAAAAACGAGUUAGUAUGUGAA